CCGGAUGAACGGCGGGCCCAGGCCCGGCGAGACAAGAUGGAAAUAUGGUUGUGAAAAAAUGUCAGAUGAAAAUCAAUAUGUAGGUAGCCCUGUAACCCAGGACCUGGUUCUUCGCCGCUUCGAAACAUUCUCUCGUCGAUCACCAAAGUCACCAUUCCCCAGAUUCCCUCCCGUUUACCCUGCGCCAUAGGAUCUUCCGGCUACGCGCAUUUUGUUUGAUGCCCCGAGUUUGGUAACCAUGGCCCAAUCGUCCCUCGAUGCGUGUACACGCAUCGACGACUCGUUCGGCCCUCACGCUGGCGACUGCCGGGGCGGUUUCGACUUCACACUCCUAUUCGAGGAGACCAUCCUCACGUUGGUUACCGUCGGAAUCCUCCUCAUAGUCCUCCCUCCACGCGCCUGGUACCUGUCGGGGCGCGUGAAGAAAGUGGCGAUAGGCGAUCGCUCGUCAGCCAUCAAGAUCUCCGCCUGGGUGGUUCUCGCUACACUGCAGCUCUCUGCAUUAAUCCUCUGGGCGGUCCCGUCUGCCGGCCGUACGCGGGUCACUCUACUUGCCGCCGCCCUCACCCUGGUUUCCACCCUCGGCCUCUGUCUCCUCUCAUACGCCGAGCACACCCGUGCUGUUAAGCCGUCGUCUCUCAUCAACACCUUCCUGCUAGGCACGCUAUUGUUUGACAUCGCUCACACGAGGACCCUGUGGCUCCGCGCCGCAGACCAUGUGAAUCAGAGCAUUUCUUACAUCUCCACAGCCGCGGUCGUGGUCAAGUUUGCCGUCCUUGUGCUCGAGGCGGUAGACAAGCGCCGCUCACUGCGUCCAGAGUACCAAGCAUACCCACCGGAGGCUACCAGCAGCAUUUAUAACCGGUCCUUUUUUUGGUGGCUCAACCCGCUGUUUUGGCAGGGCUUUAGCCGGGACCUCGUGGUCGAUGACUUAUUUGUGCUCGACAAGCAUAUCCAGGCGUCGUAUUGUUACACGCGAUUUCAGGCGGCUUGGAGUUCUCUCACCCAAAAGUCCACAUACUCACUUCUGGGCACAUCGUACGGUAUACUGAAGUGGACUGUGGUGCAGACCGUCCCGCCGCGGGCUUGUCUUACUGCCCUCUACUUCUGCCAGCCGUUUCUCAUCAACCAUGCCAUCACCCUGUCCCAGCAGCCAAUUACCGAUGAGACGACACAGAGAGGCUACGGCCUCAUUGGGGCCUACUUCUUCGUCUACGUCGGGAUUGCGGUCUCGAUGGGUCAAUACCAACACCGCACCUAUCGCACCAUCGCCAUGCUACGUGCCGGGCUGGUUUCCGUCAUCUACCGCAAGACGGGUACCCUGAGCCUCAAGGGUAUUGACCCCGCCACAUCCAUGACGCUCAUGAGCGCCGAUAUCGAGCGCAUCGUCCAGGGCUUUCAGACGAUGCACGAGAUCUGGGGCAACGCCAUCGAGGUCGGUGUCGCUAUCUUCCUGCUUGAACGACAACUGGGUGUUGCCUGUGUUGUGCCCGUUGCGGUCUCAAUCUUGUCCUUGUUGGGCUCCAUUUUUGCCAUGAACUUCAUCAUGUCACGCCAGGCCAUGUGGCUUGAGGCCAUUGAAAAACGCAUCUCGGCCACCUCGGCCAUGCUGUCGGCCAUGAAAGGAGUCAAGAUGUGCGGACUCAAGGACACGCUGCUCACGGGGUUGCAGCAGCUGCGUGUCGACGAGCUGCGAAUUUCCAAGAAAUUUCGCAAGUUGCUCAUCUGGAACAUGGUUUUCGCCUACGUAACACAGGUCUUCGCCCCUGUCUUGACCUUUGCCGUCUUCUCAGUUCGUGCCCGCGACAGCGGGGACGCGACCCUGGACACGGCGCGCGUCUUCACAGCUUUGUCGCUCUUCGCCCUGCUAUCGGAGCCCCUGGCCUCCCUUGUCAUGGCACUCGCUGCCUACCUGGGGGCUGUCGGCAGCUUCGUCCGGAUCCAACAGUUUCUCGAGUCAGAGGAGCGCGCGGAUAUGCCCAAGCCCGAAGAGGUGACCGAGAAGCCCAAGAUUGAUGAUUCGUCUCCUGAUGCCAUCGCCGUUCAAGGAGGUAGCUUCGGGUGGGACUCUGAGAAGGAGCCCCUCUUAAAGAAAAUCAACCUUUCCGUCCCCUGGCGGAAGUUGACCAUGAUAGUGGGACCAGUUGGCUGUGGCAAGUCAACUUUGUUGCAGUCGCUCCUUGGCGAGGUUCCUGCCCUAGCAGGCUCCGUACGCCUCGGGUCAACCAGCAUUAGCUACUGCUCUCAGGACCCCUGGCAUAUGAACGGGACCGUCAAGGAGGCUAUUAUCGGCUGCGAGGAGUACGACGCGAAGUGGUAUACGAGGGUUAUCCAUGCUUGCUCUCUUAAGAGAGACUUCCGAGAGCUACCCAUGGGCGAUUCUACGCGAAUCGGGAGCGGAGGUAUCGCGCUGAGUGGCGGACAGAGUCAGCGUAUUGCCCUUGCCAGAGCGGUAUACGCUAGAAGAAAGAUUGUCAUUCUGGACGACGUGCUUGGUGGGCUUGACAACACGACCGAGAACCACGUCUUCCAUAGCCUUCUCGGCCACGACGGACUGCUUCGUGAUAUGAACGCCACCGUUCUCAUUGUCUCUUCCUCAGUCAAACGCCUCCCAUUCUCUGACCACAUUGUGUGUCUUAGCCCGAACGGAGAGAUCAACUCGCAGGGAACAUUUAACGAUCUCAAUGCUGCCGGUGGCUAUGUGUCAUCGUUCUCUCUGCCCCGCCCUGACUGGACUUACACCCCCGAGAAUGAUGAUCAGAUACUCCCAAUUGAGCUUGUUAAGGCUCAAGACGAUAUCGUCAUUACACAACGCAAAGAGUCAGCCUCUACCGCUUCCAUCUCGUCGGAGGACACAGCAUGUGCCGCCACGGCUGAGGAUGGAAUGAACCGACGAACUGGCGAUGUUCAAAUCUACAUGUACUACAUCAAGUCGGUCGGCUGGUGGGCGAGCCUCAUCUUCGCAUUUGCCGUUGUGGGUUUUGUCUUUUGCCUGUCAUUUCCGACAAUAUGGGUGCAAUGGUGGGCGGCGUACAACGAGUCGGAUCCCAACGGUAACUUGGGAUAUUGGCUCGGGAUCUACGCUAUGCUCGGGGGCAUUGCCAUCAUAUGUUUGUUCAUAAGCUGUUGGCAAAUGAUCAUCACCAUGGUGCCCCUGUCCGGCGAGAAGUUCCACCUCACCUUGCUCAACACAGUCCUCAGCGCGCCCAUGUCCUUCUUUGUCAAGACGGACUCGGGUGUGACCCUGAACCGCUUCAGUCAAGAUCUUCAAUUGAUUGACAUGGAGCUGCCUACCGCGGCACUCAACACCUUCGCCACAUUCGUUCUUUGUCUUGCACAAAUGGCUCUCAUCGGAUACGGAUCCGUCUACGCGGCCAUCUCGUUCCCCAUCGUAUUGCUGUCAUUGUAUCUCAUCCAGAAGGUAUACCUGCGUACGUCCCGUCAACUGCGUUUCAUGGAUAUCGAGACCAAGGCACCACUCUACUCGCUCUUUGAGGAGUCACUCAGCGGCAUCGCCACAAUUCGCGCUUUCGGAUGGCAGGACAAGUUGAACGACAAGAACCACGAACUACUGGAUCGCUCCCAGCGACCCUUUUACCUGCUCUUUGCCGUCCAACGCUGGCUCACCCUCGUCCUGGAUUUGGUCGUUGCGGCUGUCGCCGUGCUGCUUAUGGUACUGGUUGUCGCGCUCCGGGGUACCAUGGCCGCUGGCGGUGUCGGCCUCGCACUACUCAACGUCAUCCAAUUCAGCCAAAACAUUAAGCUACUGGUCACCUUCUGGACAAAUCUCGAGACGCACAUCGGUUCGGUGGCCCGUAUCAGGAGCUUCACCGAGACAGCAGUGCCCGAGGACCAACCGGAGGAAAGCCAACAGCCUCCACCAGGUUGGCCGUCGGCUGGCGCAAUCGAAUUUGACAAUUUGUCCGCGGCUUACAAUCGCGAUGACCUCGUCUUGAAACAGGUGUCCCUGUCUAUCAAGGCUGGGGAGAAGAUUGGGAUCUGCGGGAGGACCGGCAGUGGCAAGACUUCCCUCAUCAUGACCCUGUUCCGCCUCGUGGAUAUGCAAGGCGGGUCGAUCCGCGUGGACGGAGUGGACAUUUCGACACUACCGAGGCAAGAGGUUCGCACCAAGAUUGUUGCGGUACCACAGCACCCGUUCCUUCUCAAGGGCUCUGUGCGACUCAAUGCGGACCCAAUGGGCCAGGCAUCGGACGAAGACAUUGUGGCGGCGAUCCAGUGUGUACAGCUGAUGGAAGCCGUUGAGAAGAAUGGCGGACUGGACGCUGAUGUCGAUGACUUGAACCUCUCGGUCGGGCAAAAACAGUUGUUCUGUCUUGCUCGAGCCAUGUUACGCCCCAGCACCAUCUUAAUUUUGGAUGAGGCCACUAGCAGCAUCGACGCAAAGACUGAAGAGACAAUGCAGCGCCUUAUUCGCAGAAAGUUCGCCGACCAUACCAUUAUCGCUGUGGCUCACAGAAUCGAGACCAUUAUGGACUUUGAUAAGGUUGCCGUCCUAGAUGCAGGCAGACUCGUCGAGUUUGACAAUCCAUACGCCCUCCUCGAAGUACCUGGAUCCGCUUUUGGAAGGCUGUACAACACAGCACUGGCAGAGGAGGACGAGGAUUUGAAGAAAAAGGUAGCAUAGCGAAUGCUAUAGCAUAUUAUAAGCUACGGGUCCCGGAAGAUAGUUAGAAGUACAUUUCUUUUUCCCUAGUGUUGGCCUUUUGUAUGUCAAACGCUAGGAACGUCUCUCCAAUCAAUUUGGCGAAUAGUAGUUCGCGUCCAUCAAAGACCGCAUGAAGGGAAGUGCCCGAUCCAUGUUACG